GUCGUCGUCGACGUCCACCACCGUCCGCUGCCCGCCGCCUCUGUUGGCAAAGGAUCAGAGCGGAGUGGAUGCCCAUCCGGGCUAGGAUUGUUUUCUCUGGUUGGUAACCAGGCACAAGAUAUUUCCCUGUUGGACAGUCUUUCUUCCCUUUCUAUGGAAGCCAAGUUUACCCGGUUCCUGAAGCUUGUCGGAGUAGGACUCAAAGCAAGGUCAGACCGCCAAGGCCGUGAGUUAUUUCUGAAGCUGGGCUACAGCCACGAGGUUCAGUUCACUGCUCCACCCGCCGUUCGCGUCUUCUGCUUUAAGCCCAGCAUAAUCUGCUGUACUGGGAUCGACAAGGAUAGAGUGCACCAAUUCGCCGGCGCAGUUCGCAGCUGUAAACCUCCAGAAGUGUACAAGGGGAAGGGCGUAUUGUACAUCGACGAAUUCGUGAAACUGAAGCCAGGGAAGAAGCAAAAGAAGUGACCCAUGGAUGAAACCUUGCAUUCGAGUUUGAGUCUGAUAAGAUGCUGCAGCACAUCUGCAGUGGUACAAACGUUCUUGUAUUUGCCAUGCAACAUCUGGAGCUGGAAUAACAUAGUGGGUUACGCGA